ACCACCACCGCCAGCGCCGCCGUCGGCGCCAUGGCCCAGGCCCUCAAAGACCAGUCCAUCCCCCAAUCCCCCGUCGCCUUCUUCGCUGCCACCGUCUCCUCCCUCGAUCGCCUCUCGCGGGACCCCAAUUCGGGUACCGAUCCGGUAACGUCCGCCCUUCUAGGGUUUCUGGCGAUGACUGUUCCUAGGGUUCCUCCGGCGGUUGUGAGGAGUAAGUGGGAUUCGGUGGCGGAGAUGUUGGUUAGGGUUUUGGGGCUUGUCGCUUUGCCGGUGAGCGGAGUGAAGGCGGGGUUGAAGUGCGUGGGGAGCUUGGUGAAGGUUGGUGAGAAGGGGAAUUGGGCUCAGGUUUCAGCGGUUUACGGGGUUGUUCUUGGGUUUGUUACAGAUCCGAGGCCUAAGGUGAGGAAACAAUCUCAUGCAUGUCUGUAUGAUAUCCUACAAAGCAUUCGAGGAUCUUCAGCUAUAGUGUUGGCGAGUGAAGGGGUUACGAACCUUUUUGAGAGAUUCCUUUUGCUUGCUGGUGGAUCGGACUCUAGUGCUUUGGAUGCAGCUGGAGGACCAAGAGGAGCUAUGGAGGUCCUGUAUAUUCUAAAUGCAAUAAAGAAUUGUCUUCCUCUUAUGUCACUGAAAUAUGCAACAAAUAUCAUGAAAUACUGCAAGUCACUAGUAAAUCUACGUCAACCAAUCCUCACAAAGACCGUAAUGGAGAUUUUGCAGUCCUUUUGCUCCAGUCCAACUGCAGAAGUUGCAGCAGAGGUGUUAUUAGAUCUUUUAUGCACACUAGCAAUAUAUGUUGCUGAAAAGAGCUUAAUAGCAGAUGAGAUGGCAUCUACUGCACGGUUGUUGCAUAUCGGCAUGAAAAAAGUGCACAGUCUAAACAGGGAAAUAUGCAUUGUGAAGCUCCCUCUCAUAUUUAAUACUCUUGGAGAUGUCUUAACCAGCGAGCAUGAGGAAGCUAUAUUUGCUGCUGCCGAGGCAUUUAAAGGUUUGAUAUCUUCUUGUGUGGAUGAAGGCUUGGUGAAGCAGGGGUUCGACCAAAUCACAGUCAAUACUGGAGGAGGAAUAAGAAAGUCCGGUCCAACAAUUAUUGAAAGAAUAUGCUCCACUAUGGAAGGCCUCCUUGGUUAUAAAUAUAAUGCAGUCUGGGAUAUGUCAUUUCAAGUCCUUUCAGCAGCAUUUUAUCAACUAGGGAAUUUUUCAUCAAGUCUUAUGGCUGGGACAGUUAGGAGCCUAGCAAAUUUGGAGAGUUUACCAGAUGAAGACCUUCCAUUCAGAAAGCGGCUUCAUGAAUGUAUUGGGUCAGCUGUUGGAGCAAUGGGGCCUGAGAUAUUUCUAAGCAUUCUACCACUUAAUGUGGAUGCUGAAAACAUCUCUGAUGCUAAUGUCUGGCUGCUUCCUAUUUUGAAGCAAUAUACUGUUGGUGCCCAUCUAAAGUUUUUUUCGCAUAAUAUUUUGGACAUGAUCAAAGUCCUACAGCAAAAAUCGCACAAGCUUGAGGCAGAGGGCCGCACAUUUUCAGCUAAGAGUGCAGAAGGCCUUGUUUAUCAAUUGUGGUCUUUGUUGCCAGCCUUUUGUAACUAUCCUGUUGAUACUUCCACUAGUUUCAAAGAUCUUCAGAAAGUUAUAUGCCUCACACUUCCUCGGGAGUCUGAGUUGCAUGGUAUUAUGUGUUCCAGCCUUCAGAUUCUGAUUGGACAGAACAAGAGCGUACUCGAGGAAGGCUCUAUCACGUUGGAUGAUAAGCUGUCUGAUCAAGAAAGGAAGGCAAAGGAACAUUACACGCAAGCAGUUGCAGAAGAAAAUCUGAAAGCUAUACGCUCAUCAUCGUCCAAGAUGUUAUCUGUUCUAUCUGAUACUUUCUUGAACUCUUCAAAAGACAAUGGUGGUUGUUUGCAGUCCACCAUUCGUGAGUUCGCUUCAAUAUCAGACAAAAAUAUAGUGAAGAAUUUCUUCAAGAAAGUCAUGAUUAAACUUCUGCGUGCGACUGAGAAAGCAAGCAAAGGAAAACAGCUUGAAAGUUCUAGUGACAUGCAAAUUGAUGAAUCAUCAAAUGCGGCAUCUCUAUUGCAUGCAAGGGGCCUCCUAUUGGAUUUAGCAGUUUGCCUCCUGCCUGGUGUAGAUAAGGAAGAGAUAGACUUAUUAUUUACUGCCAUUAGAUCUCCGUUGCAGGAUAAAGAAGGUUCAAUGCAGAAAAAAGCAUACAAAACACUGGCGACCAUACUCAAGGAAUCUGAUGAAUUUCUUUCAAGUAAAGUGGAUGAACUAAUUCCUUUGCUGUUGGAAGCCACCGAUUCAUGUCACUUCUCAGCCAAACGCCACAGACUUGACAGUUUAUAUUACUUGAUUGUCUAUGUUUCAAAGGACACAUCGGAGCAAAGGAAGACGGAGAGCAUCAUUGCAUUUCUUACUGAAAUAAUUCUUGCAUUAAAAGAGGUUAAUAGAAAAACAAGAAACAGGGCUUAUGAUUUGCUUGUUGAGAUUGGCCAUGCAUGUGGAGAUGAAGACCAGGGUGGGAAAAAGGAAAACCUAUUUGAGUUUUUUAAAAUGGUUGCUGGAGGUUUGGCUGGUGAAAAACCACACAUGAUCAGUGCAGCUGUCAAAGGGUUAGCUCGGUUGGUUUAUGAGUUCUCAGAUCUCGUUGGUGCAGCUUAUAGCUUGCUUCCAUCUUCAUUUCUUCUCCUCCAAAGGAAAAAUCGAGAAAUAAUCAAAGCAAAUUUGGGAUUGAUCAAGGUACUAGUAGCAAAAUCCAAGUCGGAGGGACUGCAAAUGCAUUUAAGGACAAUGGUCCAAGGGUUGUUGAAAUGGCAAGAUAAUACUAAAAAUCACUUUAAAGCUAAGGUCAAAUUACUUCUUGAAAUGCUUGUGAGAAAAUGCGGUGUAGAUGCUGUUAGAGCAGUGAUGCCUGAGGAGCAUAUGAAACUCCUUACAAACAUAAGAAAGAUCAAAGAGCGGAAAGAAAGAAAAGCAAAAUCUGAUGAGGAUUCAGAAUCAAUUCAUACUAAAACAAGUAUUUCCAGGCAAAGCAGAUGGAAUCACACUCGCAUUUUUUCAGAUUUAGGAGAUGACGGCAUGGAUGAUGAUAGUGAUGCUGAAAAUGCAGGAGCAAAGACAGUGGUUGAGCGCCAUACCAAAGCUGCCUCAAGAGCUUCCUUGAGGUAUUGGCAUAGACAAAUUACGUAUAUAGAGAUAUAUAGAUGUCAUCAACACACAGUACACAAGCACAUGUACAUAUGUUCAUACCAAAGCUGCUUCAAGAGCUUCCUUGAGGUAUUGGCAUAGACAAAUUACAUAUGCACAGAUAUAUAGAUGUCAUCAACACACAAUACACAAGCACAUGUACAUUCUUUCAUGCACAUAUGCAGACACAUGCUCAAACAUGCAUAU